UUUUUCGUCGACAUCCGAGACGAGGUCUAUCGCUCAGAGCAGUUCAAUCGAGGCGCGGACCAGACACCUGUUUGUCGGACAAAACGAACUUUUCACGAAAAGCCACGAGAGAACACGAACGACUAUAUGGCGAUCGAGCCUUCCUUCGGGGGCGAGAAAAGAGCCGAACUGGGUUGCUCAGAGGAGUUGAUGCCUCCCAUAUACAUGAGUUUUCCGCACCAGUCUGCAGCGGGUUCCAAGUGGCGCCAGGAAACUGCGAAUCGUGGUUUGACGGCAAGGGAGAAAGCCGACGCAUGGUCAAUAGUGGGAUCCUCUGCCAGAACGGGCAAUACCCUCCAAGCUGUAGGCGCUGAUCAGCAGUAACAUUA